GCAAGACCCUGCUGCUCAAUACAAUUUAGGAAUCUUCUUCCAAAAUGUAAUACUAUGGGAUAACCAAAUACUAGACCAAGUUAUCGAUAUUUCAUCACAGCUUGAAGAAACAGCUUUAAGUGAAAUCGAUCAACUUAUUGGAAGUUUAGAUGAACUAAUUAAUAAUUCGAUUUCUAUCUUAGAAGAAGAAUUAAACGAACAGAAUCCACUUGAAAAACUUAAUGAAAUUUUGAAAAAACUUCCUACUCAUGCCAAGUCAAGAGAAAAUCAGAUCAAAACUCUUGAAGCUUACUAUUAUUUGGAAACCUUUAUUCAAGAAAAUAAAGCUAACCAGGAACAGAUUAAAGAACGAAUACAAGAAACCAAUG